UCGUUGAAGCGGAUAUAAAAGUUUUUCGCUUAGCGGCGCGUGUGUAGGUGAUAGACCAAGUGCUGAUUUUAAGGAAAAGAUAGUGGUCACCACGAGCGACGGUUGACAGUGUUCGAAUGUGUUUCAUGCGGAAUUAUUCAAAAGGUUCUGGCGUUGCUUUCAUCAUUAUAGCUUCAGUGAAUGUUGGUGAUACGUGUACGAUUUCGUUCAGCUAAGUGGACACCAUUAACAAGGUCGAACGGUGUCAGGGGCAGGUGUGUUUUCCAUGGAAGCAAUAUUGAAACAAAAAUAAAUUGAAAUUGUUUUACAACGACGGGUUUAAGAAUGUGUUUUGAUCUUGCAUUGUGUAGUGUGUGAAAACCAACCACUUACGGUUAUAGGUUAAUCGAAAGCGCGACGACCUGGUUUUCUAGGUUUUCCACCUGUGUGGCUGGUGGCUUCAGUGACCUAGGUGUUUUUGAAGCAUGCAAGACGUGAUUAGUGUACGAAGGAAAAUACAUACACGUACGAAUGAAUUCAGCAAUAAAUUUAUACCCUUCCACUAGCAAAUCAUAAAAGUUCAGUGUGCCGGUUCACUGUAACGACAAAUGAAAAUAACCCCCCAAGAGCCUUGACGGUGAAAGGAAUAACGAGUCGGUUUUGAGUACGGAAUCCAAACUGCAAACAACCGGUGAAAAUACAUUUUCCGCUGCUGCCGUAAUUGCGGCCAACCUUUGGGGGCUUACUCUAUCCCGAAGUCUUUGUGUGCUUUGGUGAGGGAAAGAAAAUCACUUUUUUGUUGAAUGGUACGAGAGCAGACCAAUUAUUUCACCUACACCCGUAUGAAAAGUGGAGCUGGAAAAGCAUUGUUAAUGUAGUGCGAUUUAUAAUACAGCAUGGAAAUUUGAAUAGUUUGUUUACUGGAAGCAGAACGAAUAGUUGGCAAUUUAACGGAACUGCAGAAUUUGUUGAAGUGAACACGAUGAGCAUUAUUAAAAUAUUUCACUGAAAUCCAACCCCGAAUUAAAAGUGAGAAAAUCACUCCGGCAGCUCACAAAAAGAUUCCUAUGUAUGUACCUUGAAGUUUUAAAACAUUCAAUCCGAUUGCGCACUUUUCACUCGCAAAGGAAAACUAACGAAUCAGCUCAAAACGGAACAGAACGCCUACAAUUAUUUUCACUUUGACUGGUUUGCUAUCUGGUGAACCGCGCAGUAUACAUGCUUCCUUAUCGUAGUUCUGUACGGCAUUGUCACCGAAAAUCGCCAUCAACAGCACCAUACAUGUGGAACGGCUUUCCAAGAUCCAUAAAAGUGUCGUUAGACAAGUGAGCCACCAACGGCUAACCAACGGAUGACAGCAGGAGUAAAACCGCAUACAAAUAGCAGAUCAUCUGAUGCGAUUAUGAAAUGCUUAAUCUACAUUUUCGAGUUGUCGUACUGAGAAUCAGCAGCCUAACACCACACCUGAGCUAGGUGCUAUGGCCCAGACUUAGACGGUAUGAUUGUCACCGGCUGCAUGACUUGUUCACCUGCCCUCCUGUGAAGUUGAUAGAGUUGGUGCAUUGAAAAGACGGGCCGGGAAAACGUUUUCCGCUCUAAAAAAACAAUUGCACUCGAACCAACGUGGCGUCGACAGUUGGAGGAAAACACUAGAAAGCCAUUUCCGCAUCCAGUCUUGCCGAAGCGGAAAAUACAUAAAACUAAUAAUUGCAGCCGUCAGCCGGGGAAGUUGUGGAGAAGGAGGGGAAUUGUUGGAACGGUGACCAAAUGGAGAUGAAAUAAUGAGUGGUGAAGGUGGCGAAAAGAAAUCAUAUUCAAUCUGGAGCUGUCACAGUGGAGGGAGGCAAAAAACUACAGCCGGAAAGUUCUCUGCUAGCAGCGCGUCGAGUGUGAUCUAAGUGGCGGUUGACCCGGUUACCACUCGGAAUAGUAGGACUUUAAGUGCUAGCGUAAAAUAAUGACCAUUUUUUGAAAGUAUACAGUGUUAGAGAGGAAGGAGUGAAAGUGGAAAAAAUUUGAAAGUAGCUCUUAAAAAUUAAUUUAGCGCAAGCUGGCUUUUAGUAAAGUGGUGCAAUUAUUCUGAAUAAAAUAUGUGGAAAUACGGAUGCCACGAGCACACGAUGCUAAGUAUGGCUAUGCUAGUGACGACGGUGAUGCUUUUGGGUAGUACUUCGCGAGCUCAGAUAGAUUGGGCAGAGGACGACGACGAUCCAGUUUCAACGACAACGGUAGAAGCCGUGCUCGGGCGGACAGCAACUCUACCUUGUGACAUCACACCGGAUGAGGUGAACGAUCGCGUAUACAUGGUGCUGUGGUUUCGCGAAAGUGCCGGAAAGCCGCUAUACAGCUAUGACGUCCGAGGGAGACAGUAUUCGAAGGCACUAUAUUGGUCAGAAACCGCAGCGUUCGGACCGCGAGCGUAUUUCGUGACGGUGUCGAAACCAGCGGCGCUCACCGUGGACAAUAUCCAGCUGGACGACGAAGGAGUUUACCGAUGUCGGGUGGAUUUUCAAAACUCACCGACUCGAAACCACCGGAUAAAUCUAACAGUGACAGUUCCACCUCAUCAGAUUCUAGUCUACGAUGCCUCAGGGCGUGACGUGGCAGGUGCAAUAGGCCCACUUCAGGAAGAUGACAAUUUGGUGCUGACGUGUGAGGUUAGAGGAGGUCGCCCGGAACCAACCGUAUCGUGGCUCAAUGGCGAUGAAGUGAUGCAAACAGGUGGUGGAGUAUCGAUGGGCCGACAUGUGACUGUAAAUCGGUUGGAAAUACAAAAAAUAUCGCGCGCAGCACUGAACAACACGUACAAAUGCCAGGCGUCCAAUACGAUUAUGGUGCCACCGGCGGAACGAAGUGUCCGAGUGGAGAUGUUACUUAAACCGAUAUCAACGUCUCUGUCAUCUAAACCGAAACAAUUAAUAUCCGACCAGGAGUACAGUUUAUCCUGUGAUGUGGAAGGAUCAGUACCAGACACCGAGAUUAGAUGGAUGCAGAACAACCGUCCAUUCACCAAAGGAAAAAUUCGAACGGUGACCAACAGCUCUACCACAACAUCGGUACUGAUAUUUCAACCUCAUCCAGAGGACGAUGGAACUAUCCUUAAGUGCGAGGGUUCCAAUCCAAGACUUCAGAACUCAGUCCUGGAGGAUUCGAUCAUCAUGAAUGUUAUGUAUCCGCCGCAAGUGACGCUGUCUCUUGGAUCAACGCUUAAUCCGGACGACAUUAAGGAGGGCGACGAUGUCUACUUUGAAUGCCACAUUAAGGCAAAUCCAAGGGAGCAUCGCAUUACAUGGUCUCAUGAUGGUUCACCAGUGACACAGAAUGUGACAUCAGGGGUGAUUAUUUCGACGCGUUCGCUAGUGCUGCAGAAGGUUGGGCGCUAUCAUUCCGGCAUGUACGCCUGCACUGCCGCCAACGACCGUGGUGAAACUCAGAGUGAGCCGGUGACGCUUAGGAUUCACUUUGCGCCGGUUUGCGCCUCCAGCAGUAUCAUGAUCGUCGGUGCAUCGCUGGACGAAACGGUCGCAGUUCCGUGUCAUGUAGUGGCCGAUCCGCUGGACGUUUCAUUCGACUGGAACUUUUCCAACAGUGGCGAACGCUUCGAGGUGACCAGCGGUCAGUUCAAUCUGCUGCAGGACUUCCAUUCGUCGGACGGAAACCUCGUCGGAAUGUCACAGCUGUACGACGGAGCGGAAGAAAGCUCAGAAACAAUCUACGAGCUUCCCUACACGCCCAAAAGCGAAAGAGAUUACGGUACACUUGCUUGCUGGGGAAAAAACUCGAUUGGCAAGCAACUGGAGCCGUGUCUCUUUCAAGUUGUUCCUGCAGCAAAACCAGCUCCUCUGCGUAAUUGCACCCUGCGACCCUAUUCUACUCUACUAGCGAGCCAGAGUUCUUCAUCCAAUUCAUCUGCAGCGUCAGCAUCUUCGUCUUCGACAUCGUCGUCGUCGUCGUUCUAUUAUGGAUCGGCUGUUGGAGGCGUCCCAGAAACAGUCAGAGCCUCCGGAUUCUCGUCUUCUUCGUCGGCUUCUAAUGGGGCCACCAUAGGUCAGCAUUAUCGGGAAUCUAAUUAUAUCAGCACACAAUUCGUUAAAGAUCGGAACGUGUCAAACGAGCGGACGAAUAUUACAAAAUUUAAUCAGAAAAGUACGUCUCACGCCGGCAUUAGUAGGUCGGUAUCGAAAAGACGUGAACAGAUCAAACAGAAAAAUGCCACCCAUAGCUAUGGCGGUAGUAGUAGACCAGAGGCAUGGUUGGGUAGCAGCAACGGCAGAAUUAGUAUAGCUAGUCAUAAUGUGGGAUUAACCUCGAUUGAGACGGUCGACGAGGCAGACAAAGUCACCGGAAGAGGGGAGCUGCGAGUCGCUACCCAAAUAUCAUCGUCAUUCGUAACAUCUGCUUCGAAAACAGCAGCAGCCAAAUUGGGAGUCUCUGGAUCGACUAGUUUUUCAUCGUCGUCCCCUGCCUCCAACACCGGUGAACAGAAAAAGAAAAACACAAUUUCAAAUGAUGAAAGAAACAGUGGCGCGAAUUUGUUUAACACUAUAACACUAGAAGGUGAAAGCAUCCAAUCUAGCUCCUAUUCAGCCGAUGAUAGCAGCACGGGGCCAGCUGCAGGAUUGUCGACUGCUUCUAAUCACAGAUUGGCGAAAAGAGAAAAACAUUUUAAUGAAAAUCUAGAAAGCGAAAUAAACAAAACACAUUACGAUGAUGAUGGUGAUGAAAUUUUCAAUAGCACCGACACUAGCAAUCAGGAUGUGGACGGCGAUCGGACUAUCGAAUCUGGUAUCAGCGGUAGUGUUAGUAGUAGUAAUACUAUUGGAAGUGGAAGCAGUAUUAGCGGAAGUACUAUUACUAGUCAACGAGCUGGUACCAAUAGUAGAAAAAAUAAUUACCAUACCACGGAAUGGCAUGCACCGACUGCAGCAAAAUUGACGUCCAACAACAUUCGUUACAAUCGAUACCAUUCUAUGGAAUCGGGAGGCAACGGAGGCGGGUCAGUGAAAAAUGCCGAUACAAGUACUUCAAAGCACAACCCGGGUACCACCAUACAUUCAUUUAGCCAUUAUAUGGAGAGCGUUGAGGUGCCAACUACGAUGGAACUGGAGUGUGUUGCAGGAUACGACGGGGGACUACCGCAACAUUUUUUUCUUGAAGCCUACGACUCGAGAACCCGGAAGCUUCGGUUGAACAUCACAAGUGCACUUAACGAUGUUCCGUUGUUUCGAAUUGAUUUGUCAGAUUUGAUCCCCAGUGAUUCCUUCACGCCCACUCUCCAUCUGAUUGCAUACAGUGUAAAUCAGAAAGGACGUUCGGAACCAACGGUUCUCGAGGACAUAGCGAUUAAUGAAGCUGAAAAAAGGACAGACGGAACCGAUGGAUUUUCAAUUCUACCACUUGCUGCACUACUAACUGGAGCACUAUUCACGAUUGGCAUCGCCGUCCUGCUGGUAGUGGUGUUGGCCAUACGGAGAAAGCGCGAUGGUCACGGCACUGGUUUGUGUGACGGUAAGGAGAAGCAUAUAGCAGGCAUGGAUAUCACUGUGACCACACCACUAGAGAUGGGUAUGGGUCAGCAGAAGUACGUGGUUGCCUACACACUGAAACAGGGCGUCGAAAAACAGCCAGACAUACUGAGCGCACAGAAAACCCAAGGCUCAACCAGUAUGCAAUCGAUAAAGGACAUUCAGAAGAUGGGCUCCCCGGUGGGAAUAAGACCGGAUGCAUUGUGCAGCACCGGAAUGGGCGGAGGUGGCGGUAUUGUGGGAGCAAAACAAAGCACAAUUUAUGCCACACAAUGCUACGACCAAAAAUCGACACCUUCUAGUCGGCAAAGCACAUUAAAACGGAAUGAUACGUCCAACACGUACAGUUUACUGCAGCAGCAGCAACAACCACAUCAUCUCCAGAGUAAACCUCCACCUUCUACCACCACUGGUCUACCGCAGUAUUCCACAAGCUACACUUCCGGUGGUGAUCUAUUGGAUUACGAGGAACCGUAUGGCUACUCCACACUAUCAUACAAUCAUGCCUCUCCACCUCUGGCAGAUCCUUACAGUUACAAAAGCUCACCCACUGAUCCAGCCGACCGGUCGGACUAUGAGAAAAAUCUUGACUAUAGACUGCUAAACAUAUCGAAUGAGAUUAAAAAUAAUUCAGCCGCCAAUCAUAUCGAAUAUAGAAAUAAUUUAAGCCAUACCAGUAGUAAUAACCAACAAUCUGGUAUUAGUAGCAAUAGUGUCAGUUGUAGCAGGCCUCAGGCAAACGGUAGCGGCAACCCGGAGUACCGGUAUUCCGGAUCGGAGUUUGCCACUGAUCUGAUGGACUUUAAUAAUGUACCGUCGCCCUCAUCCUCCACUAAUGCGGGGACGACGCUGUCAAAACCUCGAAACCGACAGCACAUUAUCACCGAUACGCUACCGGGACCGGAAAGUUGUGUGUAGAGUUAUAAGUAGUUCUAGUUUAGCAUCUUUGUACAGUAGAGUCUCGAUUUUACUAACGGAUUCAGUAAGUUGCUCCCGUCUGUACCGCAUAAACUCGUUGUCGUUUGCUAGUUGAAUUUAUAAAAUUGCGCGAGUGUUGCUGUGCUACAUUCAUUUGAUAGUGAAGGAAAAUCAAUUAUUUCCCGUCGUAAAAGCGGUGGAACAAGGUUUAAUGCUAUUGUUUCGCUUUGGUGUCAGAAUGUACUCGUACGUCACAAAGAGAGCAUAUUACGCUGGAUUUUCGUUUACUAGAGUUUCACUUGAUGGAUAAGACGUAAUAAUUUUGUAGAGAAUACCCGUCAACAGUUGGUCGGUUCAACAAAAAUGUUCCAUAUCGUUUAUAUACUGCAUAUCACGAAGUACAGCCGACAGGUUUUGGCUGCUUAGGAAGCCAUUAUAUCCAGAAAGCGCAAAAUGUCUUCCACGGUGAAUAUAGUAGGAAGUUGAGAUCAAACAAUAAAACACAGUAAAAAUAGACUAGGGAUUUAUUCUUUGCGUAGGGUGUAUACAAGUUCAAAUAAGUAGCCAAUUUUUAUUUCUAGUAGAUAAUGGUAUACAAUGGGCAGCUGUUUUCUUCCAUAAUGGUUUGAAAAUUUCAGCAUCUUUCAAUUUUGUUUUAACUAAGUCUAGAGUGCCUAUUGCUUUAGUUUCUUCGAAGCAUGUUUUUGACUGCUACAGGUAAAAUUGCAUAUACGAAUACUUACUUUGCAUUGUGAAUUACCUACAAGUUGAACUUACUUCUUUCUUUUUCUCUAAACUGAAAUGCAGGAGGUAAUGAACGCUAGAGUAAAUUAAAAAUCCACAUUGAUAAAUACAUAUUUUUAUUUGAACGAUUCCUGAGCUUUCGGAUUAUGACGUCGACUAUCCGGAGGUCUCGCAAGCCAAAAACUUUUCUAUUCUAUAAAAAAAUUACAAAACUAUACAGAAUAUAUUGACAUUGUUACAGAAAGUUGUAUGGCGAUGACAAUGAAAAGUAUGCACAGCAGGAUAUUGAACAUUCAUGAGCUAAAAUUUAUUUUUAAUCUGUUUCUCUGGAAAGGUUCUUUGCGGAAGCAUUACUGAGCCAUAGAUCUUUUAACGUUUUUACAAUAACCUUAAAUAAAACAAGCAUUAAAAUUUUUUUUGACAGAUCUUGUUGACGUAGUUCACUGCUGCGUGUUGAGAUCCUCUUCCUUGACGGUGAAGCAUUAGUUGCAUUAUCUGUCGCAGUUUGCGGGUAGAGGGUCUACCUUCUCUUGCGUUAUCGUUCACAUCCAUGUCGUGAUCGGUACUGAUUUCUUGCAGUUCACGGUCAGAUGAUCUUUAUUGUUUCUUGUUCUUACGGGGUGCUGUUGUAAAUCCGUCUUCAUUGGCAUUUACUCUUUAUUGGGGAUACUGGUUGUUGAUUUGGAAUCAUUUGUCGUUGUCCUUGUAGAUGUUUGCUGUCAGCUCUUCAAUAGCGUUUUUCAUCAUUUUGACUUUAACUUAAGUAGAGAAAUGUUCAAAUUGAAAAUAGGUUUAAGUUAGUAUAGUAUUUCAGUCUGCACGAAAAUUUAUUAAUUCGAAGACAAUAUAUUAAUUGUCCCCACGCUAUUAGAUGAUUGGGCGGUAAAAGUUCCUCAUGUUGUAUAUAACGCAGAAAUGUACUUUUUAUAAUAAUUUGCUUAGAAUGAAUUAGAUUACUAAACCUUAAUUUGUUUCAUUUCAAGAACGAUUAAGUUUACUAAUACUUUUGAAUAAAAAUCAGUUACAUUAUGAACGAAAAUGAGAUCGAUCGACUAACGAAAAUUAAAAUUGUACUUGCACCAAUUUGCGCUUAAGGUACAAAACCUAACCUAAAGAGGUUGGAUUUGAAUGUUUUGUGUUCCACUCGUUAGUAACUGACACCAACUUGUUGUCAGUUAGAUGAUAUAUUCAAACUAACAGCAAAUUGGAGUGAGUUCGAUAUUAAAUCCAAAUAAUUCACACAACAUGGGUGAACGCCUAAAGUAACUGGUUGAUACGGUGUGAUAUCUCGGUUAAUCGCCUUUCUCAAAAAUACUCUUACUAUGUACAAAAAUUUAGUGAAAUAACGAAGCAUUUCGUUACAUAAAAAAAUAGCUUCAUAAUUGAUGAUAACUUUCGUGCAAUGAACACUCACUAUGUAAAAUAAUCAACAUUUUCUUUCAACAAGUCGCCAUUUUUGCAGUUCGUGAAAUGAACGAAACCAACUAUUUAUAUUGCAGGAAGAUGUUUCGUUGCAGAAAACAACAAAUAAAUUUGUGCAUUGUAUGAUCAUUUUCGUACUAUCUACAGAUUUAUUUUUUCAGUGUAUCUACGCGAGGAAAUAUAGAAAUCGAAAUAAUGGAAUAGUGUUUACUAAAAUUUGCACCGCAUUAUUCGCAAGAACUAAUGUUGAGCAGACUUGACAAAAUUUUUCAGAGAAGACCUAAAUUGCUUAUUUUUUCAGGAAAUUAGUGGGAUCAUCCGGAAAAUGGUGUUUAAGGGUCUUACAAAUAACUGUUUGUUUGACUUAAACUUUGGGAAAGUACAUCUAUCGGCGAACACGAUAACUCUCGAUAAAAUUGUUUGAUACGAGAAAUGUAAUAAGUUUUGUAAAACUUACACUUCUAGUUAGUCGAUGAACUACAAAAAAUGGAAAAGAAGUUCGAGUUUCAGAUAAUGGCUUCAUGAUAAUCGAAAAAUCUGGGUAGAAGCAGUUUAGAGUGUAUUGUUUACAUUUAUUUUUAUCGCUAUCUAUUUUUCGAAAAUUGUUGCCGAUAGAUUGAAAUCUGCGUGUGUUAUAGCAAAUACCCGCGUGGAACGUAUGGCUGCUUAAAACAAAAGAAUUUCAGCGUGACCACCGAGAUUGCAGGAGACUAUCUAGAAGUUCAAUACUAACAAUUAAGCGGAUAAAAACGAAGUCGAUUAUUUUUGCCCUCUACACCAGACGCCCCCUUUCCUUAAGAGCUUAUAUUCAAAGAACCCGGUUUCCUGUAUGUUUGUGAAAUUUAUCCCUGUUGUAAUUGUACGGGUUCCUGAAGAUCACAACUAUUGUGAAAUUUGGAAUAAAACGCAUAAGAUAAUAUUAAAAUUGAUAGAAGUAUGCAGUGAUUUGUUAUGUUCAGGAGUAUUAUGUAUUUUAAUAACACAUAAACUUGAACUAAACUUUUUAAAAAAAUGGAUAAAAUCAUAGUAAAUUUGGGGGGACACGAUGAAUUCAGCUCUAAAUUUGGAAGACUACACACUCAAUUCGGCGCGGCAAUUUCCUAACAGUCGCGUAGUCAGCAAAUAAUAUAUCAAUAAAGUGAGUUUUGUUUGCCGAUUUUCAGUUAAAUGUUUUUCGGGCCUCAGCUAUCGAGCGUCACUUUUACUGAAAGCUCAGCAAAAAAAUUGUUUACUGUGAUGUGAAAAAGCUAAGAAACGGCAGAAAAAAUUAAAUGUGUACCUUGUGUCCCACAAUAAUAGCCCAAAUCAUAUAAGCAUUAAGCCAUUGCACAAUAUUGGCUAUAGAUGCGCUAAUGUUGCAUUAAACCCCGUUUUAGCAUUUUCAAUGUUCUAUAUUUGCAUCGUAAAUAGAUACAGGCACUGCUGAAAUGCAGCAUGCUUUACAUAUACAUUUACUGUUACUAUAUAGCAAAUAUAAAAUGAAUAUAAUGCUAAUGUGAUGCCGUGAGCUUUUUUGUUUUCGCAGCUUCUAUUAAGAGUUAUAUUCGGCAAGUUCUAUUGUAUUAAUUAAAAUAUUCAAUCCAAUACAUUAGAAGGGAGUUAAUUACAGCUCUAGACGGUAUUUUAAUAUUCCUCCUUUCUGUUCAUCAUAUCUAAAAAGAAAAAUUGGAAAGCGUUGUAAGAGCAUUGCAAAAAAUGACAACAAAUUGAAGCUUUCUAAUAGCAUGGGAAGUGCCAAUAUCAGGCAUGCAAAUUUGACAUUUUUCAUUGGUACAGUAUACAACACCCGUUUCUGAUUUGCAAGACCGAAAAGCCGAAGAACAAAAAAUCCUAAAUUAAUAAAAAUCGUCCAGUUGUAUUUAUAUACUUUAUAAGUAUUCUACUUUUGCAAGUGUUCCAGCGCCGACAACUAGCUCAUCAGGUUUGAGACAGUCGACUUGUAUAUAGGAGUCCACCGUAAUAACAAUUUCACAGACAUUUAAACAUAGCCAGUCAUGCAAUCAUAGUUUGGAUAAAGUGGAAAGGUACAAUUGUACAACUAGAUGGAUUAAACAGAUUUCUGCAUAUGAGAAAGGCAGAAAGGUGUAAUGAGUCCUAAAAGUCGAUUUUGGCCAAUUUUAUUUUUCGAAAUAACAUCAACCUCGAUAUGCUAUAUUCCUCCCUAAAGAAGAAAAAUUGGGUAAACACGAGUCUUUCUCCCUAAGGUGAACAUUUUUGGUGAAACCACUCUUUUACGUGAAGGACACAAAUCUUAACUUAAUAAAGUCAUGGGUGCGUUUCGACUCAUCAGAAACCAACACUAACUUAUUGUCGGAAUAGAUUAGCAAAUCAUCCUCGGAGUCACCCUGGAUAGAAAUCAGGAAUCAGAAUCAGGAAGGGUUGCGAAAGCAGAAAGCGACUGAUCCGCACUAUUUGCUUGCGGCACUCUGAAAUCACUCGGCACUCAGCGUUGGCCAAUCAUUAAUAUACAGUAAUUUUUUUUUACGGGACCGAACUCACAUGCCGAAAUCUUGAAAGCCUAUCCUCUAUCCUCGGGCUACUGUAUCAAGGAGUAGUGCGACUGGCAUCCGGUUUACCCCCAAAGUGCCCCUGCUGCAGCAGCCUUCGUAGAAGACUGAAUACUCCCCUGCCGCUGGGAAGCAGCUAGUCUUUAAACGAGCACUAAACGUUCUCACUUAGACCGCUGGCGAGGAAUGUCACCUUCUCUCCAGAGCAGCCAACAUCGACCAGGAGUUCUCCCACAAACUCCUCCCAAUCAUCGCCCAGGUACAUCGUGCAGACCACCUGGUACGAUUCCGGCCCAAAUAUAGAUGACAGCCUUACCCACACAACAUAAACCGGCGAACCCUGAAAUAGCAUCAAACCAAUAUAAAAGAAACUCAUCGACCGGAAAUAUCAACAACAUCUCAGUUUGUCUUCACAUCUCGCCUUGAGCAGAUUCCAAAAAUCGUCUCGCACAAGUGAAACAGUCAGUUCUACCUACAAACGGAUCGGUGCCUAUCGCACAAGCAGUCCAUAUCAUAUCAGUGCACAAACAAUAUUGUAUUGUUUCUCCCGGCUGCGGAGUGAAAUGAGUUUGCCAAAUGAAACAAAAGUGUCCGUUCUACGGGAUAACACGAUUUCGAUUAACUUUAAUAAACUCGUGUUAGACCCACAGUUCAGGAAGUGGAGCAAUUAGUUAAAGUUAAAAUGGAGCUUAAUCUCGCUGAAGUUACGUGCAUUCAGCUACAUCACGUGUUUUGAUCACGUUUACAAGUUUAGCACAGGCAGAUAACUUCAUUGAAAAGAACAACAUGCAACACGAGGUCGAGUUUAAUAGCACCAGAAUCAAGAUCCCGGUGCAUAUGGAAAAGGACAUGGUGGACGUGCCUAUCCAUGAUUUGGCCCCGCACACUAAGAAAGAUUACAUCAAACAAAUCAUGUCGCAAUAUAGAGAAGUAGAAUCUAUUACGAAUGAGACCUGGAGAAAUUUUUUCACCGGCAUUCCCAACGGCGUUCGUAUUGCAAGGAUGCGAGUGACUAAACCAAUACCUUCUUACAUGACUAUCGAAUGCAAAUCACCGAAGGAAGGCGUGACCCAUAAGCAAACAACGCUAAUCACAUAUCCCGGGCAGACCCCAACAUGCCAAUUCUGUAACCAUACAGCCCACUACGGAAAAACAUGCGCCGAGGCAACCAGUCAAAACUCAUCUACUACAGCUAACAAGCAGCCACCGACACCUUCAGAUAAACCAAAAGCAACGAUCCAAUUAACCAAUAAUGCAGGUACAACGACAACGACAACCGCUCCCAAACCAACAACUAGCAUCGCCAAUAAAGAAGCAAAUACCGAUGAAAACGGAUAUACGACAGCGACCCGUAAGAACAAGAAACAAAUAAGAACCUCUGAUCGUGAACAGCAAGAAAGCAGUACCGAUGACGACAUAGACGGGAACGAUAACGCGAGAGAAGGUAGACUGAAUGACCAAGCGGCUUCACCGCCAAGGAAAAAGAUAUCAACACGCAGCAGCAAACUGCGUCAACAAGAUCUGAAAGGCCGACAUUCUUGGCAUUUUAUUUUUUUAUUUUUACUUAUUGUAAAAAAUUAGAAGGCCUAGGGCUCAGUUGUGCUAUCGCAUUGAGCCGUUUCAAAUAAAUCUUUAGAUUAAAAUAAAAAUCAACAACAUCUGAAAAUCUCAACAGAUGGUUCCAAAGCAGAAGGCGGCAUCGGCGCAGAUGCAAGUGGACUGUUUAACGGGCUCUUCUUCCGCAUCCCACUCUCCUGUUCAGUCUUCGCAGCGGAAACAGCAGACAUCGCAGUAGCAAUUACUAAAAGAGACGCCGACGAACCAAUUGUAAUCUUAACCGACUCCUCAUCAGUUGUACGGGAUAUCGCUUCAGGAACAUCAACCCAUCCAUUCGUACAGGCUAUCGAGUCCCACUAAGAUCCAUUGAUCACACUGUGCUGGAUCCCUGGACACAGUGGCAUCAAGGGGAACGUAGAUGCCGAGCAGCUAGCCCAAAACGGCUGACUCGCCCGAACCCGAAAUUCCAGCAAUCGUAAUAUAUAAAGAAUUCAAUACAAACCGGCGAAAACAAUUCACAAACAACUGGCGGAGAUCCCUAGGGCACACAGAAGGUCAAGGGAUCUGCCGACUGCUGGUAUGACCGAGCCAAUAUGGAAUAACAACGAAUACUCUCCCGACUCAGGGCGGGACAUACGAGAAUUACUCACACCAUCUCUAGAGAACCAACAUCGGAAAGCACUUCUUGCAACACCCGAUUAUGUGUUGAACACCUACUAUGCUACUGCCGAGAACUGGAGGACCUCCGUCGACAAUAUGAUCCGGCAGAUUCAAUCAGCGACGUUCUAUCUAACGACCCGGUCCGGGAGGAAGUGCUUCUUCUUUUUCUAAAGUACACCAGUUUAUAUUACCGCAUCUAAAUCAGCUUUUAGAACAGACAUCCUAACAAAGGCAUUCCACAACCACAUUAUCAAUGGGCGCUCUGCCAUACCAUUGGAGAGUUCGCCCAUGGCUCUUAGGAUCAGCGGAACACUUGUAACCUAUCUUUACAGAUGUGAUGAACCAACUUGAAAAAUCCACAGUCACAACAGAGGCUCACCAUAACCACAACAUCUUUGGGCCCUCUGCCGCACCUUCGCAGUACCGGAGAGGUCGCCCUCGGCCCUUUUGGACCAGCGGACCGCCUGCAGCCGACCUUUCUACCUACAGAAGUGACGAGCAAUUUUGGAACAACCACAACCACCUCUUCAAAAACCAUUCCUUCAACAACCUAUAGCUCGUUUCUGGUACAACAUUUGUUUAUGUUGCCAGUUUUCACAGAUAAUCUCUGAAAAUUGUAAAAACCACCAUUUUUACACAAACAAAUUAUUCAUAUCUUGACAACUAAACAUCAAAAUUUGUUUUUAACAAAUAGAUACACACCUAGAAAAAAUCGUGUAAAUUUACGUCUCAGGACCCUGACAUAAACGAGUGUCAAAAAUGACUUAGUUUCACGUUUGAUUUUAAUUUUACAUGACGUUGAAUUUCGUAAAUCACAUAAUUUUACUCCACAUAUAGCGUUUGUUCUGAAUGGCAGUAAGUGUAAUUUUAUGUCAUUGCCCUUGUAAAGUAUGUGUUUCAUAUACACGAUAACCCUAAAUAAAUAUCCCGGAAGAGUUUUCCGUGAAUCUGAAUUAAGCGUCUGAGUCCAUUUUUAGAUUGCGACGCCCAUUUCUAGAGAUCAGCUUACUCUCACGACUUUUAAAAAUCUGUUCCGGAAUUACUGUUCCAAAUCCAAAAAUUCCAAAAAUUAAACUUCGGAGACAAUUACAAAAACUUUGUCGUCCCAUUUGCUAGGAUUACAAUUGAACCGUUCAUGACCAAUCACAUCUCCACGGAGAUCUGUUUCAAAAUAACGGUCCGGGGUCAAGUCUUCAAAAGAUCUCAAACAACAAAAAGCAUGUCCCCCAUUUAAGUUUUUCGAUAGACCUGAGCAAGUGACGGUGAAUCUUGGGAGUGUUUUGUGAUGUACAUCAUAACUAAAAAACUGCUCAACCAUACGUUUUGAAAUUUUGCACAGUUCUUCUUCAUUCCACAGGUAACUACAUUUUUUUUAAUUUUUCGUAGCGAUUUGAAGCCAAAAGUCUGAUUUUUAAUUUUUCGGUAAACAUAUUAUUGUAAAAGUAGUAGUACUUAAAAUUUUGUAUAAAGCUCCUGUAGUUACCGGACAAUGAUGUGAAGAAGAAAUGUACAAAAUUUCAGAACGAUUGGUCCAGGAAAUUUUGAGUUAUGAUGUCCGUCGCAUUCUGCCGAGGUGCCUCCUGGAGGUUCAAUGUCAUUCACCCAAUUUUCAAUAUUUUCCAAUGUCAGGAAAAUAUUGCUCGAAUGUUGAAAAAUUGUAUGGAAAUUGACUGAAGAGAGCAUAGCAAUUUCUGUAUAGCCUUUUAAGCAAAUCGAGAAAAAUGGAUAGAUCCAAAAUAUUCAAAUAAGUUUGAAAAUUUCAUUGACGUGGAUAUUUCAGUUUAGCGAUUACCAAGAUAUCCUAUCGACCAGUGAAGGUAUUAUUUAUUGAGCCCAUAACGGUUAAUACAAAUUCGAAUAAAAUGUGUUACACUGAAGCGUUAGUUCUAAAUUUUCAAAUUGGUAAAUUGUCUUGAAACCACCUGUAGCAGUCGAGCAAUGAUUCGUCGGUAGACUAUAUACUUAAAUGCCCCAAAUGAGAUAGAAUUCCAGUAUUCAUAUCAAAUGCAAACGUAGAAUCCUGCUGUGAAUCCAUAUCUUUCUUAUCUGCACCAUAUCUUCAAACAGGCAAAAAUGUGUUCUCCAGCCCAUUCUCUAAUCAAAAUAACUCCUUAAACGAACUGAAAACUUACCCGUCUCUCUUAUGUUUUUAAAUAGGUAACUCACUCACUUGUUAAAACGAGAAACGUACAUUAGAAAAAGUUGUGGUAUAUAAACAAUGGUUUUUGUAUUGUAUAAGUAGACGACAUAUAAACUGGCGAUUCCACAAACAUGAUCCGUUCAACAAACACUGUAAAUAUCCUAAAAGUUCAGCCGAAACGAAAUACAUACACUCCUAACUAGAGAAAUUCGUGUAAAAAAUGUACAAAAUAUUUAUUCUGGAGUCAACCAGUGAACGAGACGAUUAAAUAAGCUAACUGAAAGCUGGAGCAUCACCCAGACUAUGGCGAAUAAGGCAAUAAAUACUUCGAAAAAAUGUGAAUUUUAUUUGCAGCUUGGAGCAAACAGGUGUAAAUAGAAUAAUUAGCGGGAAGUUUACAACGGAUGUGCUUCGAGCUGGGUUAUCAAAUAUGCUCUAAUAACUGAAAUACAGAAAACGAAAUGGUGUUUUUAUAA